AUGUCUGAGAAUCAAGAUCUCCCCGGACACCAAGAUGCUCCUGUGGAAGAAGAAGAAAUCAAUGACCGCUUCACCACCUACUGGAGUGGCCCCUACCACCCCGAUGCCAUGCACUACGCCUACGACCACAACCUCAGCUACGAAACCUCCGGCAGCCAACGUAUCCUCGAUCUCGGCAGUAAUCAACCCAUGACCUAG